UUGCAUUUCAAGUCUAUUAUUUCUUGUAAAACGAAUUAAUAGUUCACCAUGGAUGAAAUUGAAUACAAGCUGAACACUAACAACAGUGUCUUGAUAGUGAACGCCAUCGACAAGUUGAUUAGCACGAUAAAAUCAAAAUAUAAACCUGCGGAGCGUCAAAAGUUCGUUUUAGAGAACGGGGAACUGAAGUUCUUGAGGGAGAAAUGCUCGUCGAAACAGAGCUUGGUCAGCCUGACGGCUUGCCAGGGGCUCUUGGCUCUAGUGGAGCUUGGUGUCUUGGAAAUCGCACACACGAUGUCGACGGUUGUAACCUUACUGCCGAGCGCACACAACUACUCAGCAAUAAUCUCCACAAUGGCCGGCCUGCUAAUCCUGGACCUGCGGUCCCGGCUGGUUCCCGGCCAGCCAUACCGCUGUCAGUUCAGCCUGCGCUCCCCGCAGCACCCGUUCAUCAGUGUGAUGGAAAAGAAUAAGGAUGCGGAGGAUGAUGUGCUGACGCAGAUGCAUGCAUUGUGUACACAUCCCGAUUAUGUGGUAUCAUCAAACAGCCUGGAACUGCUCCGUCCAGUUUUCCUCUGGCUGACGAGCAACCCUCAACGGCAAUGUUCCCUCCGUCCCUGGCAGCUAUUGCUAAGUCUGCCAAACUCACAGGCGCAGAAUGACUUACUGUUAGCCUGUUUAAGUUGUCAACAGUUCAACAACCCGAAACUAGUGGAUAGCGCGUUUUCGGCGUACUCCGCCGUCGCUGACAACGCCAUCUAUCUGCAGAGGAAUAACCAUGUGAUGGCACUUCUACCAUUACUAGCUAGGGUUGCCAACGAGCUGGUCGCUGAUGGCCGCGAUCCCCGAGCAUGCUACACAGCCAUAGAGCGUGGCUUCGCGACAGAUUCGCCAGGGCUACGCGCAUGUGCCGGCCUGACUGUGACUCUACUAGCCCGAGACUUGCCCCGCAGCUCUGCGCUACAUCUACACUCUCUUUGCAACUUGUGCCUCAACAUAAUCAGCAAAUAUGAAGUCUCAACUCUAUCCUUAAGCACAUUCGUGUCUUUAUCCCUUCAAUGGCUCCAUCUACCGUCCCAUCUCACCGCCUCAGCCUUAAAAACCGCCUCGAAAAUUCUAGAAAUACACCAGAACGCUAAACAAGACUCCAGACUAUACCUUACAAAUUUAAAGGCUAACCAGACGUUCCAACAUUUGUUAAACACAGAUCGUCAACUGUUUAUUCUUUUUAAAAUCCACGAGACUUGGGAGCGACUGAGGGAUGACGCGGCAAAAAUGAACGCGUGGCUCGAUUCUUUCGAAUCUGUGGGAAAUUUGAAAAUGGAACUGUUGCCGUUUUUCUUCGGUUUGAUUUUGGAGAAUAGACAAGAUUGGUAUGAUAUAGUUUUAAAGGCGUUGAAGAUUGUCGUUGGGCUGGUGGGUGGUAGGAAAGAGGUGUCUGUGCAACUUUUGCCUGUGCUGUUGUAUAAAAUAGCGAAUGAUACGUCGCCGAGGGUUAAAUUGGAGUGUUUGAAGGCUUUACCGCUUAUGGCGCAAACGAAGGAAAACGUGCCUACUAUAGUGUCCAUACUUAAUAAGCUGAAGGCUAGUAAGGGAGUGCCAACAUCGUUUCUCAUCAUGCUAUACGCAAGCUUGGCUGAAACACAGCCGCGUUGUUUCCCGUACCUGAAGGAACUGCUAGUGGAAACCACCAACCGGCCUGAUGAUCUGAAAUGGGAAGUGGAUCUGGCAAGGGCUGUUGCCGUCAAGAGGAUCUGUGAGAUCAGGGCAUCAUCCCACGGCUUAGAACUAGUCUCCGUGAUAUCCUCAACCCUGAACCGCUGCACCGACAAAUCCAGCGCCCUGGCUGCAGCGGCAGCCCUGGCGGCGCUGGCGGCGCUGUGGCGCGGCGCCGCCGUGGCGCCACCGAGCGCGUGGCAGGCGCUCAAACACAAACUGAGGCCGGACACACGACCGCAGGUCCAAAUCGCUCUAUGCGAACUCCUAUCCGAAAUCCCAGGUCUCCGAGCGUCCACGCCAGAAUAUGACGCUCUCAUAUCAGAGGCGGCGCGCGAACUAUGGAGACUAGUCGCUGAGAGCCACCAGCCUACUGUUGUAGGGGCUGCCUGUCUCGCCCUGUCACAGUAUAAACUUGAGGAUUACAAGCUUAAAGAUAUACCUGAGGUAUACCGAAGGACGGUGAAACUACCAGCCUCUUAUUGUAAGACCCCGGCCGACGCGGCCAGGAAUCCCGAAGACGUUUUGGAUUACAUUCCUUGUGAGAUCUGGCCAGAGGUGUUCAAGUUUACCAACCAAGCGGCCCUGCCGAGCGUUGUGCAGUUGGCCAGCAAAUUGAUCGAGCGAGAGGUGCGCGCGUACCGAAGCGGCGUUUACCAGGUGGCGAAUCGUUCCGAACCGACUACCGCUGAGUACCUGCCGCCGCACAGUGUCGUUCGUGGGCUACUCGACUGCUUCCGUAAACAGGCAACAAAUCCUUCGUACGACUUCCCUGAACCAGUUCUCCUGGCGAUCCUCUCAGUUCUAUCGUCGGAGUACCCGCGUCCAUUGCCUCCAUUGGAACUGUCUUGGUUGCACGGCGCGUCCGCCAGGGGGCGCGCGUGGCGAGCCGGCGCGCUGCGGCUGGCCGCGAGGAGCGUGGGCGCUUCUGGUAGACGAGUCGUAGAAGUGUACCUUAAGGAGGUAGAAGAGGGGCAGAUAGAGGAAUCGGAAGUGUUAGAACUGUUCGAGCUGCUCCCUAUCUUAUGUCGCAACACUCCUCCUAACACGCUCCGCGCGCCCCUGGAGCGCUGCCUGCACGCCGCCUACCAGGAUUCGCUACAAAAGAAGAAACAUAAUGACAAAGAUACUCUUUUCGCGAGACAGAUGGAUGGAAUAAAAUCCUGUUUGGAGUGUGAUAAGAUACACGACGCGAAUCGGACGUUGCUGUCACAGUUCGUGGAGAACUAUUAUAAUGUUAUUGAGGAUGAUAAUGUGGCAUGGCCAUCAUUCGCCAACGCAUGUUGCGCUCUCUCCACAAAGUACCUCGAGCGAAUGACCUCCCCCUCCAGUUGGUGGGAGGUGUCGGCGAGCGCGUUACGGCGCGCCGCGAACAUUCGCGGCCUGCUCGCGGCGCGCGGCGAAUGUUCGCUCGUGUGGCUUAAUGAGAUCAUUGAUGCGCAGGCGGGGCAGAUCACUGAACAAGAAUAUUCGCUACAGUGCAUGUCUCCCGCACUACAAGCGACGCGACCGGACGAGGAAUCACGUGACUGGCUACUGCAACUAAUGGCGCGGACUCAAGUCGCUUUCAAACAAUCCGAAGACCCCUCCUCAAAACUGUACCUCUGCGACGUAUUCGCUCUAAGCGUGGCAUCCUUCAGCGGCUACGCGUGUGUGAGCGAGACGGGCAGCCGCGCGAGCAGGACGGAGCUACUGCCCGCUUCUGUAGCCGCGCUGUGCGAGAGGCCCGCGUGGAAGGAACAUGUUAAACAGAUACUAGAAUGGCUGUGCCACACCCGGGAUUCGAGUCCGGACCCGGGUCUAGCGCAGGCGAGCCAGAGGGCGCUGUUAGCUCUACGACACACUACAGAGUUCGACCGCAUAUGGACCAGACUUGAAAGCCACUUCGGUAGACACGUGAGCAACGAUGACUGAUCACGUGAUCAUGAUUAUGUUAGUCGUUUUUUAAAGCUUACGCUCAGUUUUUAUAUAAAAUGUUAUUAUCCUAUUUAAAAAAUACCUAAACGAUGUACUAACUUAUGUAUUCAUGUAAA